GGUUUCAUCCAUGUUUUGCCUGAUUCUUUCGAAAUGCUCUCAUCUCAUUGUCUUAACGAUGACCCCUGGCACAAGUUUCCUUUCACCGGCUUUGUAGCCAUGAUCUCUGCAGUUUUUACGCUCAUUGUUGACUCUAUUACCACCAGCGUUUUUAGCAGGUCUGGUAGGGAGGAGCCACAUGCUGAUGUGGCAUCCGCUGAGACUCCUGACCAAGAGAUUGGGCGCCCGCAAGCUCACGCGUCUCAUGGUCAUGGUCUUAAUCUUAGCGAUGACAAGGAGCUUGGUACUUCUAAUUUACAGCUUCUGCGAUAUCGUGUUAUCGCCAUCGUAUUGGAGUUAGGAAUAGUGGUGCACUCGAUUGUUAUCGGUUUAUCCGUAGGAGCCACUAAUAAUACUUGCACCAUCAAAGGCCUCAUCGCUGCCCUUUGCUUCCACCAAAUGUUCGAAGGCAUGGGACUCGGUGGCUGUAUCCUUCAGGCAAGGUACGGAUGGGUGAAAAAGGCAGUGAUGGCCUUCUUUUUCGCGAUCACAACACCUUUCGGAGUGGUUUUGGGAAUGGCUGUAUCUAAAACAUACAAAGAGAAUAGCCCUUCCUCGCUUAUAACGGUUGGACUACUCAAUGCUUCCUCAGGUGGACUACUCAUCUACAUGUCUUUAGUGGACCUUCUCGCCGCAGAUUUUAUGGGUCAAAAGAUGCAACAGAGCAUCAAGCUUCAAAUGAAGUCAUACGCCGCUGUUUUGCUUGGUGCCGGUGGCAUGGCCGUUUUGGCUAAGUGGACUUGAUGAUGUACCACUUUGGUUCUUUUUUUUUUCUUUUUCUUUGGUACAUUAACUACUGGAUAGUAUACAUAUCUUGUGAGAUAUAUCGACAUUGACGCGAUCAUCUGAACCGUUUUAAUAAUUUGAUAUUUCAUUACUUAAAUAAUGCAUAAAAUGAUGGUAAAAAUCAUGAUGUAAAGGA